GUUUUCUGCCGUAACUUUACUUUACACGUGUUUUAUUUAUCGAAAUAAUUUUUUAGGUUUGAUUAUUCGUUAUGAAUUGUGUACCUUGUUUGACUUGGAUUUCUAGAGGAGUUGCAGAAAAAGAACCUCAUAAAUUGCAGCUGUCUCCGGAAGAAAUUAAAAAGUUGAUUGCGGAGACAAAAGCUUUAAAUGAAAAAGAAGGUAUUGAUGAAGAUGAAGAAAUAUCUGAAAAUAGUGAAAAUGAUGAAGCUAACAUCAAACAGGAAAUACCAUCUACUGAUAAAACUCAGAAUGCAGAAGAGAGUGAUGACAUUGAAGCCAAAUAUGGUUUAGAUACAUAUGAUGAUGAUGAAAGUGACGAAAAACCAUUCUUCAAUAUUUCGGAUGUAGUUACUCAUGUUGAUAAUAAAGAUGAUGAGUAUAUGACAGACUCUGAAUGGGAAGAUGAAGUUGAAGAAAAAGAAGACUUUAUCAUAAAGGACACAGACAAUUUAUUAGCAGUUGGGCACAUAGAAGAUGAAAGUAGUGUUUUAGAGAUCUAUGUUUACAAUAAAAAUGAGGAUGCAUUUUAUGUUCACCAUGAUAUAGUUCUCCCUGCAUAUCCUAUUGCAUUAGAGUGGCUAAAUUUUCAUGCAUCUGAUGAGAAACCAGGUAACUAUUUAGCUGUUGGUGAUAUGACUCCUGUCAUUAAAAUUUGGGACCUUGAUGUUGUUGACAUUUUAGAGCCAGAAUAUGAACUAGGAAAACAAAAAAAGAAAAAGCUAAAGGGUAAACUUGGACAUACAGAUGCUGUUUUGAGCCUUAGUUGGAAUAAACAUGUUAGAAAUUUGUUAGCAAGCGGUUCUGCUGAUAAUUCAAUAAUUUUGUGGGAUCUAACAGAAGCAAAGUUGAUGAACAAACUGAAAUUUCACCCUAAUAAAGUGCAAGCAUUACAAUGGCAUCCACAUGAAAGUCCAUUUUUACUUUCAGGCUGCACAGAUGGGUACUUAAAACUUUAUGAUUGUCGAGACAGUGAAACGGUAGCAAAAUCAUGGAAAAUUGAUGGUGAAGUAGAAAGAGUUGCCUGGAAUCUUUUUGAUUCUUUCAAAUUCUUUUGCUCUAAUGACAAAGGGUUUGUUCACUGCAUGGAUAUGAGAUGCGAAAAAGAAGACUAUAAUUUUGCAGCUCAUGAAAAUGCAGUUACAGGUUUAGAUAUGAGCACUCUUAAUCCUGACAUCUUAAUUACUGCUAGCAUGGACGAAUCCUUGAAAAUAUGGAAUGUCAAAGACAAUUAUCAGUUGGUUGAUGAAUAUAAAUUCAAAGUGGGUUCUAUAUAUGCAGCACGACUUGCUCCAGAUUUGAACUUGACUGUAGCAGUUGGUGGAAAUAACGCAUCAAACAGCUUAAAAGUCAUGGAUAUUUCAGAAAAAGUAAAUUCAAAUUUAGGACAAAUGCAAGAUUCAUUAUCAGAAGCUAGCAGUGCCAAAAUAAAUAAUCCAAAUAUUAAAAGAGAACUGGAUGUCAAUGUUGCAAGUGGAACUAAAGAUUUUAAAAUGAAGAAAAGAAAACAAUCUGAUUGA